AUGUCUGGCACAACUGAGGCUUUGUUGGAACAUCUUAAACAGAAGGCGUUAGGCUGCAGUGAUACUGCAUGGCUGCAAGCUUGUUUGGAGUUCGCCCCUAAACCCUCGGGUCUAAUUGAAGUAGAGGAAGAAGAAGGAGCAGAGUUACAGGAGGAGUUAAUAAUGGAGGAGGGAACGGGAUAUUCUCCUCUGAAAAUUAAAGGGCCAGUACAAGCAGAAAAAUCUGGUUUUAGCGACCCCUGCAGGAUUUGUGAGACAAGAACGAAAAGGUCCAGGGAAACUUUCUCAACGUCUCCAAUAAAGAACAAGAAAAGGAUGUGGAAACAAGCAGAAAAUACAAACAAAAGAAGAAGAAUAAAGAGGCUGAGGACAGACCUAGGCUAUUCGAAGAAAGCGAAGCGGCUCAGGAUAUCUCGGGUUGCAGUCAUGAGCUGG